AUGUUGUGUGAAAAUUUAAAAAUGUCUGAAAAUUUUGUAGAAAAAUAUCCAGAUAGAGUGUAAUCUAUUAUCAUAAUUAGUCCCAUAUUAUUAUAGAUUAGUCAUAGAUCUAGACUCAAAUUUUAAGAUGGAACAUCCAUUAAAAAAUAUUUAGUUAGCAAAUCUGAUCACUUUUAUCAUUUUCUUUAAGUAAUUCGAGAUACUCUCCAUUUAUAAAAAUAAGAAAGUCUUUAUUUAUUCAUCAAUAAUUCUGGUUUAAUCAAAGCAGGUAUCAAUCUUUAAAUAUUACAUCAGAAAGUUAAGUUGAUGAAGUUUAUUAGAAAUUCAAAAGUACAGAUGGUUUUCUUAGAAUUAAUUUAACUGAAUAUCCUUCUUUUGGAAAAAUAUGACACUUAAUACAUUCAUACUUUUUAUUUUCAAUUAACCAUUAUUCUAUAAUUUAGACCAAUCACUUAUACCAUUUUCUAUAUUUAAUUUAAGUAUUUUAUCAUUUAUUUAUUUCCCCUAUUUCAAAUCAUGAAUUACUAACCAAAUUAUCUAUUAAAAAAAAUAUUUUAUUUCAAAAUGUUACUCUCCAAAUAUAUAAUUUAGUCAUUAAUUAUGAAAUAAUAAUUUCUUCUAAAAUUCAAUAACUUAUAGGUUUAUUUAUUAUUUGUUUAAAAUUGA